AUGGAUUCAGAUAUGAAAGUGCAGAAUAAGUUGGAGCUUGAACACUCCCAUCAUGAUAAUAUAGGGGUCGAGGGUGUUCUAGACAACUAUGAGGCAGCUGAAGAGCUCAAGGUAGUCAGGAAAUGUGACCUACGCGUUGUGCCAAUUCUUAUGCUUCUAUAUCUUCUUGCCUUCCUUGACCGCAUCAAUAUCGGCAAUGCACGGUUACAGGGGCUGGAGAGAGAUAUUGGCAUGAAAGGUGGGCAGUACAACUACGCGCUUUUUAUUUUUUUCAUCCCCUAUAUCCUUUGCGAGGUUCCUUGCAAUUUGAUAAUGAAAAAGCUGGCCCCAUCCACGUGGAUUAGUGGAAUCAUGGUGGCGUGGGGGUGUGUGACUGUUGGCCAAGGAUUCGUGAAGAGUUGGUCUGCCCUAAUGGCCUGCCGAUUCUUGAUCGGAAUAUUUGAAGCUGGAUUCCUGCCCGGCAGCGUCUACUUGAUUUCACUGUACUAUAAGCGGUUUGAGCUUCAGUGGCGAUUGACACUUUUCUUCAGUGCCAGCAUUCUAGCAGGGGCCAUAAGUGGGCUAUUGGCCUAUGGAUUAUCCUUUAUGGAGGGGGUCUGUGGCUACUCCUCCUGGAGAUGGAUCUUCAUUCUGGAAGGGAUCGUGACUGUAGUUGUUGCGAUAAUAGCAAAGUUUCUGAUUGCCGAUUGGCCUGAAACUGCUCGCUUUCUGAAUGAAAGAGAGCGUAGCAUUCUUCUUGGGCGACUGCAGUCUGACGCGCAAGUCUAUCGCAUGGACCGACUAGAUCGGACCGCGAUGCGCAGAAUAUUGAGUGAUAAGAAAAUAUACCUUGGCACAAUUAUGUACUUGGGUGCAUUAAACACGGGAUAUGCAGCUUCAUUCUUCACGCCAACAAUUAUUCGCGACAUGGGAUGGACAUCCUUGAUGGCACAAGUGAUGAGCAUUCCAAUCUAUAUCGUGGCAGCAAUUAUGACGCUCUGUAUCGCCCUAAUUAGUGACAAAACAAGACAUCGAUUUGGCUUUGUCCUAGUGGGGUGCAGUAUAGCCACGGUAGGCUAUGUUAUCUUACUCGCACAGCGAUCUGUUCCUGUUGGUGUGAGAUAUUUUGCUCUCUUCGCCAUAACGAGUGGUGGCUAUAUUGCUCAGCCUCUUCUCAUCGGAUGGUUAAGUAACAAUAUGAGCGGACAUUACAAGCAAGCCAUUGCCUCAGCUGUGCAAAUUGGAUUCGGAAACUGUGGUGGUUUGGUUGCUAGCAAUAUUUUCUUGUCUUCCGAGGCACCAUUCUAUACUACGGGUUACGGCACAAGUUUGGGUUUGAUUUGGCUAUGCGUGAUUGCAUCUGCUACACUAUUCUUGGUUUUAUUCAGAGAGAAUAAAUUUAGAGACCAGGGAGGCCGUGAUGAGAGAUUGACACUCGGCUCCGAUGAGGUUCAGAACCUCGGGGACGGCCAUCCGGACUUUCGCUUCACAUACUAG